CCGUCUUUCCUUCUUCCUCUCUCCUGCCCUACAACAGAGGCGUUCGUUAAGGUACUCUGAUUCACUCUUCCUGCAACUUGUUUGGGUUUUAUUUCUCCAAGCUCUUUUGUCUCCCUUCAAAGCUUUGUCUUUCACUUAUGAAAGGAUCCUCAUAAGCUCGAGCUCUACCUAAAGAAGCUCAUUAGCUGAGCAAAGUUUUGUUCAGCUGUGUUCAAUCUGCAUUUGUGAACUAGCCCUAAACGGUGGUUGGAGAGGAGUUUGGAGCUCGUUGUGUAAGAAGCUUUAGUGAUCUCUGAGAAUGUUGCGUAGAAAUAUCCGUUUGAGGCGUGAAUACCUCUAUCGAAAAAGCUUGGAAGGGAAAGAACGUUUGCUAUACGAGAAGAAGCGAAAGAUUAAAGAAGCAUUAGAAGAGGGAAAACCAAUCCCUACUGAGCUCAGAAAUGAAGAGGCUGCGUUGCGUCAAGAGAUUGAUCUUGAGGAUGAAAAUACAGCAGUACCACGAACGAGCAUUGAUGAUGAGUAUGCGAAUGCGACAGAGAAGGAUCCUAAAAUUUUAUUGACUACAUCUCGUAAUCCUAGUGCUCCUCUUACUCAAUUUGUGAAGGAACUAAAGUUUGUCUUUCCUAAUGCCCAACGAAUGAAUCGUGGUGGCCAGGUCAUUUCUGAAAUUAUUGAAACAUGCCGUGCACAUGACUUUACAGAUGUUGUGCUGGUUCAUGAGCAUCGUGGACAACCUGAUGGUUUGAUUGUAUGCCAUUUACCAUUUGGUCCAACUGCAUACUUUGGAUUACUCAAUGUGGUUACAAGACAUGACAUAAAAGACAGGAAGUCAAUAGGAACAAUGCCUGAGGUUUAUCCUCAUAUAAUUCUUGACAAUUUCUCCACCAAGCUGGGUCAAAGGACUGCAAACAUUCUGAAGCAUCUCCUUCCUGUUCCUAAACCGGAUUCAAAGCGCAUCAUCACUUUUGCCAACCAGUCUGACUAUAUCUCAUUUAGGCAUCAUAUAUAUGAGAAACAUGGAGGUCCUAAAUCAAUUGAGCUUAAGGAGAUUGGUCCUCGCUUUGAGUUGCGCCUUUAUCAGAUCAAAUUGGGGACGGUGGAUCAGAGUGAAGCCCAGAAUGAAUGGGUAAUCAGACCAUACAUGAACACUGCCAAGAAACAGAAAAUUCUUGGAGACUGAUCCACAAUCUCAUAGUAAUCCCAACCUUUUGUAAGAGGGUUCUCUCUUUAUAUAUAUAUAUAUAUAU